AUGGGUGAGAAAGUGAGUUUGGCAUUUUUUUUUGAAUUUUAUAUUUGGAGGGUUAGGGUAAAGAUAAUCGAUUGAAAAUAGAAUUAGAUUGCUAGUUGAAUGAAGUAAGCUGAUGCUAAUGCACAUUCAUCUUUUAUUUGAAUUCGUGAUUUUUUGAGACAAAGUUUUGUAGAGCCCAUAACUUGAAAAGUGAGGUUUCCAUGAUGCGAAGCUUUCUGGGUUCUUUGAAAAGUAUUAGGCAUUUUGAAGGUUUUUGAUAUUUCAGCUUUUCUGAAAAACGUUCAAAGCUGAAAUAACUUUUUGAUUUAAAAGUAUUUAGGCUAUCUGAAGAUAUUUUUAUCAUUCCCAGAAUUAUUCGUUAUAUAAUCAUUUUGAAUCUCUCCUACAGUAGGGAAAGUUUUCUGUGAUCAUACUUCAACGUUUUACGUUUUUUAAUAGUUGAACUCCGUUCACCUAGUCAAAGAAUCUCCCAAUUUUUCUCUGAAAACCACACACAAAAAACGGUUGCAAUAUUUACCUUCUUCAUUUUUUCACCUCGUUUCUCCCGCGCACACUUCAAAUUUAUCUCCUCUCGCUUCUAUUUGUAUGCAUUCAGCGAUCAAGGAUAAACAGAUCUUUUCCGGGCGUUUCAAAAAAGUUUCAAAUGACUUUAGAAAUUCCGCAAAACAAAACAAAUCAGGUUGAAUAAUUUUGUAGGAUUGGCAAACCAGCGAAUCGCAACCACGCAAAAGAUGGACCUUGGAACAAUUGAAGGGUGGAAACACCUUUUUGUCGAUGCAAGCUGCCACCAACAAAUUCGACUCGCAACGCGGUAUGACUGCUCCAGGUAUGCCACGUUGGAACAUCACCAAGGACAAGAAAGAGGGGUAAGAUAAUUAUCAUCAAAAAAAUAUGUCAUUUUUCUUUAUUUGAAACAUUUUCAGAUAUAUCGCCCCAGAUCGUAGCUCUGAAAAUGUCCUCCGUGUUCAAUGCGGUACUAACCAAUAUGCUUCGCAAAAAGGAGAAACACCAAUCGGAUCUUCCAGAUUCCAGGUAUGUUUUGUUUUCCAAAUCGAGGAGCCUUGGAGAUUUUUGAAAUAAUUGAAUAUUUAUUUAGGUUCCAAAAAUUUCUUACAAGAAGGAAUGGGAAACUGUUUUGGAUAAAGAAGGAGAAAAGAUCAUCCCAAAACAAGCUGGAGAUUACGGACUCGCUUCACAAGCCGGAGAAGUUUCAAUGGGAGGACAUAGAAAUCAAGUUGCUAUGAUUCGCGGUCGUCUUCCACACGACAGACGUACCCAUGGAGUUCUCUGCUUCCAAAACGGAACCAACUUGUUCGCCUCACAAACCGGAAUGUCUGCACCACCAGGACUCGGAGCUGUUCGUCAAGCCACCCAAAAAAUUGAAGGUCUUGAAAUUGGAGAGGAAGUUCUCAGACGAGGAACAGAAUACACCCCAUGGUAUUCGGGACAAAACAAAUUUGCCACACAAGCUGGAUCCGGAGGUUUCUUGAAAGUUCGUGACGUUUUGCCACACACCAAGGGUGGAAAAGAAAUCGAGGAGACACUCAAACAAAAAUCUGAAGGUAUUGUUCCACUUCAAUCUGGAACUAACAAAUUGGCUUCACAACGUGGAAUGACUGGUUUCGGAACACCAAGAAACACCAUUCAACGCGCCGGAUGGAAGAAGGAAUGGUAAGAGAGCAUUCAGAGAGUCUAGAUUUGCUAAACUAAAAUUUUGCAGGAUUGAGGACUACGAGGCUGCAUUGAAAGAGUGGGAAGAGACCAAGCCACCAGGCAGUGCUUCUUCUGUCGACCCAUUCGGUCACUACAAGAAGAAGUUCGAGGAACGCGAAUCAUCUCGUCAAUCUGAGAAUGAUACCCAAUCGGUGAAAGCUAGCGCCGAACCAGAACCAGAAGAGGAAGAAGAGGAAGAACAAGUUGAGGAAGAAGAGGAGAAGGUUGAAGAACCAGUAAAGGAAGAGGAAGAGGAGGAAGAGGAAGAAGAGGAAGAAGAGGAAGAGGUUAAUAUUUUCACUAUCAGAUUUCACGUAAUUCUCUAUUAGUAAAAUCAUAAUCAUUUUUUCAGGAAGAAGAAGAGGAAGAGGAAGAUGAGGAGGAAGAGGAAGAAGAUGAGGAAUAA